ACCAUGAACUUUGCAGACCUGUAAAAUGAAGUGUUACCUAACAUUUGACCAAAAGUAAUAAUGUCAAUGUCACAUUUAGAGUCAUAAUCACAAGGUACAACACCUAAAAAGGCACUGAGACUAAAGGGCAAAUAUAAUAUCUCCGUAAUAUCUGAUGAGCUUCGUGCUUGAACAUAAAAACAAGCAUGUGAUGCAUUGACUAAUCUUAUCAGUGGUCAUAUGUGCUGUUAACUAGGUGGUCAUAUUUUCCCUCAUGGGGGCAGAUGGAAAAAAUACUGAGGGGGGUUGAGCCACAGGGCGUGAGAGAGGCCAGGUUUGAGCAGGUAUAUAUGGAGGUGUGCGUCGUCCUCUGACACCAGAGCGCUGCACAGGUUCACCUCGUCCGGAUCCUAAAGCUUCGCAACAUGAACUUCAUCGGUGUGCUGACCUGCCUCGGCAUGGUGUUGGCUGCUGCUGUCGCCCAGGCACCAAAACCCUGUGUUGUUCCAGAGCUGAUGAAUGGAGGAUUCACUGUGAUGGAUAGCAGCGGACUCUACACGUCCUUAGGAACAAUUAGCUAUGAUGCUUUAGGUCAGAGGAUGCGGGUUAGAAACUACGUGGUGGUCGGCAACCAGACCUCUUCUUUGGACCAGCUGAUGAUUUUCAACCAGAAAGUCUACUAUGAGAUCGACUGGAGCAAAUUUUCUUGCAAGAAGAAAGCACUGGAUACCACCUUCAUUCCCAUGCAAGUUCCCUCUGAUGCUCAACUGGUGGGUCAGGUUUUCAUGGGCUCCUCUUCGUCCUGGGGAAUGGGUGUGCUGGUCAACAACUGGUAUGGAGAACUGCCACAGAACGGCAAGUAUUCGGCUGUCUUCAGUGAGAUUGGCUGCAUCCCUAUGACCUUGUCUGGCUACACUCCAGCGAGCGGAUGGAUCACAGUCAGCACCUACAACUGGGUUUUGGGCAACACAGACCCCAUGGACUACAGCCCUCCUUUCUUCUGUGCCAAGUCUAAACUUGAGAAGACGGAGACGCCAGAGACCUUCUUUACUGCCCUGCAGUCUGUGGCCAUGAAGACCAAGAAAAAGGAGUAAACAUCUGGAGCAAGUCUCCAAAAUAACCAUCAUCAGGAGAGCUGAAUUUGACCCCAAUGCUAUUUAGAUUAACAUGAUUUCCAGUGUUGUUUAACCUGUCACAGGGAUGUAUGUGAAAUCAUUUAAUACGCUCUUGACACGGUAAAAUAGAAUGAGCAAAUCCAGACUAAGAGUGAAAAUUAAGGGUGCACAUGAACUAAGUAAAGGAGACCUUUCAAUAACAGCUUAUGUAGCUACAUUCCUGCUAUGUUUUCUUUAUCUGUCAUCCUCUUCAAUA